AUGGAAAUAGAUGUCAAUUCUUCCACAAUCACUGAAGAUGGUUGGAGAAAUCCUAUCAUGACUUACUUACGAUAUCCAACUCUGCCCUCUGAAAAGAGAGUCAGAAUCAUGGCUUUAAACUACCUUAUGUGGAACGAAGAUUUGGUCCGAAAAAGUAAGGAUGAGGUGCUUUUAAGGUGCCUCAGAAAGAAAGAAUACAUGAAAGUCAUGGGGGAAACCCAUGAAGGAAUCUGUGGAGCACAUCAAGGUGGGAGAAAAAUGUGCUGGUUAAUUAGAAGAUAUGGCUACUUCUGGCCAACCAUGAUGAAAGAUUGCAUUAACUAUUCCAAGGGAUGUGAAUCUUGUCAAAGACACGGCCCAAUCCAGCAGGCUCCCUCAGUUCCCAUGAAUCCAGUGGUAAAGCCAUGGCCCUUUAGAGGAUGGGCAAUGGACCUCAUUGGCAAGAUCUAUCCAGCCAGCAGCCAGCAGCACUGCUUUAUCAUUGUUGCCACAGACUAUUUCACUAAGUGGGUAGAAGCCAAGGCUAUUAAAUCCACUACAUCUCAAGAGAUCAUCAUUUUCAUAGAAGAACAGAUUAUACAAAGAUUUGGCAUCCCAGAAUCAAUCACAACUGAUAGAGGAUCUUCCUUCAUAUCUGGAGAAAUGCUGGACAUGGCAGAGGCAUUCAAAUUCAGAUUGCUCCAGUCCACUCCUUAUUAUGCCCAAGCCAAUGGACAGGCGGAAUCAAGCAACAAAGUGAUCAUCAACAUUAUCAGAAAAAUGCUUGACAAGAAUCCAAAACAAUGGCAUGAGAAGUUGUCAGAAACUCUGUGGGCAUAUAGAACUUCAAAAAGAGAAGCAACUGGCAUGACUCCCUAUGCAUUAACCUACGGUCAUGAUGCAAUUCUGCCUAUGGAGCUGUUCAGUCCCUCAGAAUUGCUCACCAACAUAACUUAG